GAUGUUGUGUAGUGAGUAAAGUGGGCGGAGGGUGCUGUGCUACUACGUCAGUGUACAUCACGGGGGGCACGCAAGAGCCUUGCUUCAGGAACUCGGGGUGACUCCCUGCACGAAUACAAUUAUUUUUUUUAAUAAAAGCCAACCCCGGUCUCUCCCCCCCCCCCGCCAUCUCCGCUUCCUAAAAAGCGGCGACAUUACCACCUGCAAAAGGAUUUGGUCCUACAGCAGCAGUGCAGUGGAGCAGGGCGCUGUCCGCGGUGCUGAAUUCACCAGAAAACCCCCCCGCCUCCCUCCCACCACGGUGUACACUCAUGUGCUUGGGCCACUCGCGAUAGCCCCCACUCCUAGCAGCAACUGACCACCACCUCCACAGCCAAGAUGGACGACGACGGGCGCUACAGGGACGGGCGCUCCGACUUCGUCCGCGGCGCCAAGGACAUCGCCAAGGUGGCCAAGAAACAGGUGGGCAAGAAGAUGGGACGCGGCGCGGACAAGGUGGCCGACGAGUACACCAAGCGCUCCUACAAGCGCUUCGAGGAGGAGGACGACGACGACGACGACGACUACGGCGGCGGCGCGCCGAGCGGCGGCGGCGGCGACGGCGGCUACUACCGCAACGACAGCCGGGCCAACGACGACGAAGGUCACAGCGACUCCACCGAGGGGCACGACGAGGACGACGAGAUCUACGAGGGGGAGUACCAGGGGAUCCCGAGGGCCGACUCGGGCAAGGCCGGCGGAGCGGACCGGGCGGCGGACGCCCAGGCUCGGCAGUUCCGGGAUCUGGCGGCCUGCGAGGCGGAGCGCAGGAAGGACCAGGACGAGCUGGCCCAGCAGUACGAGGCCAUCCUGCAGGAGUGCGGCCACGGCAAGUUCCAGUGGACGCUCUACUUCGUCCUGGGGCUGGCGUUGAUGGCGGACGGCGUGGAGAUCUUCGUGGUGGGCUUCGUGCUGCCCAGCGCCGAGAAGGACAUGUGCCUGUCCGAGCCCAACAAGGGCAUGCUGGGCCUGAUCGUGUACCUGGGGAUGAUGGUCGGGGCCUUCGUGUGGGGCGGCCUGGCCGACCGGAUCGGCCGGCGUCAGACCCUCCUCAUCUCCCUCUCCAUCAACAGCGUGUUCGCCUUCUUCUCGUCCUUCGUCCAGGGCUACGUCUCCUUCCUCUUCUGCCGCCUGGCCUCCGGCGUGGGCAUCGGCGGCUCCAUCCCCAUCGUGUUCUCCUAUUACUCCGAGUUCCUGGCCCAGGAGAAGCGAGGGGAGCAUCUUAGCUGGCUCUGCAUGUUCUGGAUGAUCGGCGGUAUCUACGCCUCCGCCAUGGCCUGGGCCAUCAUCCCGCACUACGGCUGGAGCUUCCAGAUGGGCUCGGCCUACCAAUUCCACAGCUGGCGUGUCUUUGUGUUGGUGUGUGCUUUACCCUCUGUGGCGGCCAUCUCCGCCCUCACCACCAUGCCGGAGAGCCCUCGCUUCUACCUUGAGAACGGAAAGCAUGACGAGGCGUGGAUGAUUCUGAAGCAGGUCCAUGACACCAACAUGAGGGCCAAGGGUUACCCAGAGAGGGUCUUCUCUGUGACCACCAUCAAAACAGUGAAGCAGAUGGAUGACCUCGUGACCUUGGGCGACGGCGCCGCCUGGCAUCAGAAGUGGAGGAUCAAGCUCACUACACUUUUCCAUCAGGUGUGGCAUAAUUUCCAGGCGGUAUUCUCCCCCGAGUACCGCCGCACCACCUACAUGAUGAUGGCCGUGUGGUUCUCUAUGUCCUUCAGCUACUACGGCCUGACGGUGUGGUUCCCCGACAUGAUCAAGUACCUGCAGAAGCAGGAGUACGCUUCGCGCACCAAGUUCUUCGCCAAGGAGAAGGUCGAACACGUCACCUUUAACUUCACCCUGGAGAACCAGGUCCACCGGCAGGGAGAGUACUUCAACGACAAGUUUAUGAACCUGAAAAUGAGAUCCAUGGUGUUUGAGGACUCGCUGUUUGAGGAGUGUUACUUCGAAGACAUCACGUCCAGCAACACCUUCUUCAAGAACUGCACCUUCAUCGCCACCCUCUUCUACAACACGGAUCUCUUCAAGUACCGGUUGGUCAACAGCAAACUCAUCAACAGCACUUUCGUGCACAACAAAGAAGGCUGCCUGCUCAGUGACGUCAGUGACGAGAACAACGCCUACAUGGUCUACUUCGUCAGCUUCCUGGGCACCUUGGCCGUGUUGCCCGGCAACAUCGUCUCCGCGCUGCUCAUGGACAAGAUCGGACGUCUGAGGAUGCUAGCGGGCUCCAGUGUCAUCUCCUGCGUCAGCUGUUUCUUCCUGUCCUUCGGCAACAGCGAGUCGGCCAUGAUUGCUCUGCUCUGCCUGUUCGGGGGAAUCAGCAUCGCUUCCUGGAACGCUCUGGACGUGCUGACCGUCGAGCUCUACCCCUCCGACAAGAGAACCACAGCGUUCGGCUUCCUCAACGCCCUCUGUAAAUUAGCCGCUGUUUUAGGCAUAAGCAUCUUCACCUCCUUCGUGGGGAUCACCAAGGCCGUGCCCAUCCUCUUUGCCUCGGGGGCGCUGGCGGCCGGCAGCUUUCUGGCUCUCAAACUACCGGAGACGCGAGGUCAGGUGCUGAAAUAGCGGGGCUCCGACAACUCUCCUGAGUCAGGGAGGGGAUGAGGGGAUAGGGGGGGGGGUCAGAGGAGUUUUCAGUUGCACUGUGAACAAACGGCUCGCCCUCCACGCCCUUCCCUUUAACCCCUCUCUCUUUCUCUCAAAGGUAGAGCGACGCAAAUCUGCUGUAAAUAUUUGAAAUUGGCGAUUAUUAGAACGGCCUGAUUUAAAAGGGUUGAGCUGAGACAAAAGUAAAAGAGUAAGAAAAAUGAUAAUAAUGUGAUACCUGGGGUUGGAGGUCAGGGGACUGGAGGGGGGGGGGCGGGGUUCUUGAUAAUGAGCCAAUAGACUUAUAGAAAUGACCACUAGCCAUUUGUUCCAGUCACCUCCAUUCUUCUGAGCAAAUUCAACUCACCAUCAAGUCUUCAGUACUUUGCCACCGUUGGACAUAGAAUCCCCAAAUGCCCCCCCCAUUUUAUGCCUUGAUCUGAAGCAAUUUUGACUUUACAGGGUGAAAAGCCAAGACGCAACUCUUGGCAAAGACCCGUCCUCAUUCUUUACGUCCCGAGGUCUUGUGUUGGUGUUCAGACUAACUGCCGUUUUAUAGAUUAUAGAACAUUCCAGGUUUGCUUCAACCCCCCCCCCCCCCCCCGUCUCCCUUUUAGAGCGUUCAUCCCGAUCGCCUCCAAACGGCCUUGAGAUCGUUCGGACCAAUCAGAGGAGCCGUCACAAUCACCCACUUCACACCCUCACACAGAGGACGCGGUUGCAUUUAAAGCACAACCGCUGUGAACAUUUUCGUGACUUGAUGGAAAUGUUUCACGACCUCACGCUCACACCAUCACCAUUUUUCAAGCCUCCUGUGUGUCCCUUUGUAAAAAAAAAAUGCCUUCCCGGUACCUCUCCUCCCCGGGCGUUGGGUUUGUUCGCCUCUAAUGAUAUAUGUUUUGGAGGGUGUUAUGCAUGUCACACAGUAUGUAUGUAUGUACAUUUAUGAGACCUGAGAGUACACCAUGUAAACAGCGUCACGGUGAAGUUCGUUGGUCCCCAAAAGGAAUCCUGCCCACAAGAGCCCAGCACAGUGCAUUUGUUCUUGGAUGAGCUGGACCCAACUGUCCCUUUAUAGCACACUGCACAGGACGCUGUGAGGAUGAAGUGUCCCUUUAUUUGCUUGAAUCGUACACACUGGGGGGGGGACAGAUACAAAAAGGCUUCGAAACUACAACCCAAUCAUUUGUGUGUGAGCUGAAUGUUUACAUCAAUGUGAGUGGGCUUCUUAGUGCAAGAUUGGGAUUUUAAUUCAUUUUUUAAUGUCUUUUACCGAUUCAAAUUUGGCAAGCACUAUUUUGAUUUGUGGGGCAGAUGUCGGUUAUUGAUACCUGAACGUGGCGUACAGGACUGCUCUUGGAUGAGUUUGAGGAGGAGGAUGAGUCAUAUUUUAGCAUCAGUAGACUCAGUAGAAAUUCUUCGAAAAUACUGCAUCCAAAGCAGAGCGUUAGAAAUACUCCUGAUUUGCAAUGUCCUCGGGGCACGUGACCUGUCCAACAGUGUGAGUUGAAGGACUAUUCUGCAUUAAGAGUGCUUUGUUGAGAAUUGUGCUUCAUUGUAGCUAUAACACAAGAUCCACCAUAGAGAACCCACUGCUAAGGGCUGCUUGUCAUGUAUCCCACAUUGGUACCAGCACAGAGAAAAUUACACGGUUCCCCCGCCCCAUCUACAACAGCAAAGGUGAUGCCUUCCCAAUCGCAUGAUGAAAAAAAUACAACUAAACACUCAUUUACAUGUCAGAUUAACAAAAAAACGUUUUUGCCCAAACUGCCAUUGUGUAGGAUAGCAGCCAUACGUAGAGCGCUUACUAAACAGACGACGUGUAGACGUGCAGACCGUCGUACAUGCACAAUCACGAUGGCCUUGAGUCCUUCGAGGCGCAAGCGGAUGCAGCCCGGCGGCGCGGUGGGGGGGGGAUUUCACGCAGAACGAGGAGGGCGUUUAGCGAGAGCAAGAAGACCACCUGGUGACCGCAUUGUGGAUAUAAAAUCGCCGCUUUGAAGACCCGCCCCCUUUGCAUUUCGCUUCCUCACACUGACCCUAACUCCAAAUUUGACAUCCGACCCAUUAUCUUUGAUUCUGCCGUGAGUAAAUAUUGCCAAAUAUUUUUGUAUGGCCUGAGUUUACACAUUACACCAUCAAUCCUCCCCGUUAUAGAUAUGAAUAUAUGUAAAUAAAAGUACUUAUGAUGUAACCGAGAAGAUCUUCGAACCUUUUGACCCCCCCCCCCCCCCUGGAAAUAGCAUAAAUAAUAUAAAUAACCAAGCACAACUGGACUCGGUUGCGGCGACGCAGACCUUUUCACACAGAGUCCAGGAGUUUUCUCUCGUUUUCCAGCUGCAAGUAAAGAUCACUUCAGAAGCCCAAAUUACCAGCAGGGUCAAGGGAACACACUUUUGCCCAUGGUUCCCUCUUUAAGAGCACAUUGGUAGUAUAUAAAUGCACAUGUACUGAAAGCUGCGCGUCGCAUGUUGUCCCGUGUCACCUGUGAAAUUUAAGAACGACGUCGCCACGGUAACCCGUUGCACUUGUACCACACGGAGUGCUUUUAACUGUUCAAAUCCUCUCUCUGUCUCUCUCUCUCGUAGUUGCAUAUCUCAGCUUAUUUCACAGGGUUCUUUUUGUAUAAUUAACUCGUUGCCUGAGAAACGCGGUCAAUCGUAAGUGCAAAAGGUUUAACAGAGCAAUAAGCGUUUGGGUAUGUGACUCCUAUUCUUCCUUUGAAGCUAUUGGGAGCCGGAGGACACUCCUACGUACUGGCCUUUGCCUACUAGAACGCUGUGUGUUGGCUUGACGAUGACGACACAAACAGCAAACAUCUGUGUGUACUUUCCAAAACAACCCCUACGUCCUGAGGCUUUUGUCGAAGAAAAAAAAGAUUGCGUUGCAGUUUAUUAAAUGUAACAAAGAAUUUAUCACCUUUGUCAUUGUACUGUGCUGUAGAAACCGUAGCUGAUUGUUUGUAAGUAUAGCAACUGUUUAUGGAACCAUGAAUAUAAAAAAAAAGGUGUAAAAGAAAAAGUGUAAAUGAAUAAUGCUGUAUGUUGUCUUUGAUUUUGUGUAUUUUGUAAAUGAGAAUGAAAUAUAAGUAAAUACAUCAAUGUUAAAUACUGGUUAUGAAUCAUAGUUAGCAUAAAUGUGACGACAUCAGUUCUCUUAAAAGGUGUGUGAGAUUUCUUUCUUAUAUUUUGUCAUUGUUGAGUUUUGAUUGGGUGUGCACUUUGCUGUGCAACUGAUCCCAUGGCAUCACAAUGGAUGACGAAGAACCAUGAAAUAAACAAAAAGGAAGAAUCAAA